GACGGUUGCGUGUGCUACGACUGCAUGUCGGAAGCUUUCAUUUCUAGGCUACAAAGUCGAAUGGUGAGUGUCACACCAUGCCGCACUUUGUACAGUUCUGCAGUUAUUCUUUGAGGACUGUGACUACCAAGUUACAGAGGGAUCUCGUUUGUCAAGGCCUCUUCGUGUGCACUACUAUGGACCAGUUCAAAACCCAUUUACACUCAUACUGAGAACAAUGUCAGUGAGCAGUGCAGAAAGUAUCGGUGUGGGAAACUUCAUUGGCUCUGACACAAUUUCAAAUUCUUCUAGAGCUACAGCAACUGCUGAUUUUACCGUGUCCACUAGAACUGUUACUGUUCCUGCCAAUCCAAACAUUGGGACUCAAACAUUUCAAUUUCCUGAAUUCUUUCGUGUUGUUGAUGACAAUAUCAAUGAGAUGGACCAGAUCUUCGUUCUUGCUGUUGAGAUUGGAGCAGAUGUUUCAAUUGGAUCGGGCUGUUUUCUGUUGGCUGCAGAAAGGACUGAAUGCUUUGGUCGUCAUGGAGCUACAAGAAUCAUUAUCAAAGACAAUGACCCUAUGAUCAUUGGAUUUACUGAACGGAGCAGGACUGUCUCAGAGAGUGUAGCCGUAACGAUUCCCUCUUACUCCUCUGCAUAGACAGUGGCUUCCCUUGAGAGUUUCUGA